AUGAAGAUGGCAGGCGUGUUGCUGCUGUUUGCUCUAGCCCUUUGCUGCAUCCCAGCUAUUGAUGCACUGCAGCUCGACUGUACUGACUACCUGAGAUCAAGCAGUGGUCGUGCGAUCCCCUGCACCCUGGAGUACAGGCCUAUCUGCGGCACCAACGGGGUAACCUACAGAAACAAGUGCAACUUCUGCAAUGCUGUGGCGAAUGGACUGGACAUAAACCUGCGUAAUGUUGGAGAAUGCUUCCAGGUCCAGAUCGACUGCAGCGGACACAAGGAUGGCAAUGCCGUCUGCACCGCCCAUUAUGACCCUGUUUGCGGCUCUGAUGGCAAAACUUACGGAAACCCGUGCGAGUUCUGCAACGCAGUUGUGCGGAGCGGGGGAACCCUGUUCCUCAGACACCGUGGGCAGGGGUAA